AUGCUCGGUGGACUGAUGCUGCUCGUCGCGACGAUCGCGCUCCUACACGCUGCGUACUCGACAUACGAACACUUGUCGCAUCUCAAGGCUCUGGGCCGUCCAGAGGGUGCAUUGCCAAAUGACAUUGUCGUGGAGGCGGCAAUCUCUCUUGUGCUGGCCGUCGUAGGGGCCACUAUCCGCAGUCCCUCUUUGCGAGAAGUCACCUGGCGGAGCGAGAUGAAACGUCGAGCACUCGAAGAAGACGACGACCCCCGACUGUCUUUCGAGAAGUUCGUGCAGCGGGCGGGCAUCGUUCCAAAGGUCUCGUCUUCAUCAUGA